AUGACCGACGAGGAGGGAAAUGGCCUGGAAGAUGAGCAAUCUUUCUCCUGCUGGGAGCAGCUACUUCCCGAUCUUCUGGCGCAGAUCCUUGCGAGGCUGCCGUUUGAGGAGAGAUUCUUGAGCGCGCCACUGGUUUGCAAGAGAUGGAACAGGGCAUGCAAGGAGGAGCCGCAUUGCUGGACGAGCGUGGACAUAGAGCCGUGGUUCCUGGCGCGCGUGCAGCAGGAUUUCUGGUGGGAGUUCGAGUGUGACGAUCAGAUCAAGUGGAUCAUCCACGAGGUCGUCGAUCGGAGCCGCGGGAUGCUCCAAGACCUGCGCACCAUGCAUUGCUGCGAUUCCUCCCUGGAAUACAUCGCUCACAGGUGCCCGAAGCUCGUGAGCUUGGGGAUCCGGAACAGCCUCCGCGUGACCGAUUCCUCGGCGAUGACGCUCGCGUACAAAUGCCCGCUCCUGGCAUCGAUCGACAUCAGCGACUGCUACAAUAUCUCCAGCGCCGGAUUGGAAGCCCUGGGGCGGCACUGCCCGCGCCUGAUCCGGCUCAAGCGAAACAUGCUGAGGAACAGCGACCGGAUCGAGCGGAACAAGCUCCUGGCCAGAGGGGACGACGACGAGGCGCUGGUGCUAUCGCGAUCCCUGCGCGGGAUCAAGCACCUGGAGAUGAAGAGGGGCGAGCUCUCGGACGAGGGAUUGCUCCACAUUGCCCGCGGCUGCUCGCGCCUCGAGUAUCUGGAUGUGUCGCUGUGCGCCAAGCUGAGCGCCAAGGGGCUGGACGCCGCCGCGGGGAUGCUAGAGAAGAGCUUGAAGAUUUUCAUCCGCCCCAAGCAAACCCUCCCAGAUUUGCUCUGGGUCUUCUUCCAGUAGGAGCCCUAAUCCUCUAUUAGUUAGGGUUCUAGCUGAGCAACGACUCCAUGGAAGCCCUCUACGUGC